AUGUUGUCAAAUGUGGGGCGGCUUUGGGCGUCAGCGGGUGUAACAUUCUUCGUCUUGCUGUUCUGUGGAUAUACCUACUACAUAGUGGCGCUCAUUCCCAGUCCGUCGCUACCGUUAAUUGCCACGCAAAGAGUUGUCAAUGCAUCGCAACAUGAUAGAUGGAUUUUUGUGGGAGAUGUACACGGGAUGUUCAAAGAGUUCCAGGAACUUAUGCAGCAAGUGGAUGCCUCGAGGCCCAACACCAAAGUUGUGCUGUUAGGCGACUUCAUCGUCAAAGGACCUGACUCGGCAAAAAUGAUUCACUACUUGCGAGAAAAUGCAAACUCCACGCACUGUGUUCUUGGAAACCAUGAAAUAGAUGUGAUGUUUGCGUACUUGAACAAAAAGGGCCUCAGGACAAACUUUGCGCAGGAUAAAGGCUCGCGGUGGGAUCCCUUGGAGUUCAGCACCGAGAGCUACAUCCCCUCGCGCGAUCAGGUAAGCUCGCAGCACGGACUUUUAGCGCAACAACUCGGGCAGUCUAAUUUAGCGGCUCUGGCUUCUUUGUGCAGUGCUGAACUGCAAAUUAAUUUGACGCCAACGGGACAGACGCUGGUGGCCGUUCAUGCGGGGCUCGCCCCGGAAUAUCAAGAAUUUGAUUCUCUCAACAUCAAGUCCAUCACGACGAUGAAGUAUAUGCUGCCGAAAGACCACUCAAAAACAUCCAAAUUCAAGUUUGACAAAGCCCGUCGCUGGUUCAAGCUCUGGACCCGCGAAUCAGCGCCUGAAGGCGUUACCGUUCUAUAUGGACAUGACGCGGGCCGCGGUUUGAACCUCCGUCAUAGCACCAAGGGCUUAGAUUCCGCUUGUGUUAGUGGUGGUAAACUCUCAGCAUUAGAGUACGUGUUCAAAGGUGGUCGCUAUCACGAAUUCCUGCACCAAGUUGGGUGCAGACAAUUUGGGUAG